AUGGUCAACCUUACAUUGUACACCAUCAAGGCUGUUGUGAUGCUCGACAGCGAAGGAGGACGCGUCCUUGCAAAGUACUUCGGCCAGGACUACUCUUCGCCCAAGGACCAGAAGGCCUUCGAGAAGGGUCUCUACGACAAGACCAAGCGUGCCCCCCAUGGCGAGAUUCUCCUCUUUGACAACCAGGUUGUCCUCUACCGUUUCCACGAGGACGUCUUCUUCUACAUCGUCGGCAUGCCCGAGGAGAACGAGGCCAUGCUCCUCGUGAUCCUCAACGCCUUCUCCGACGCCGUCUCCAUGUUGCUCAGACAUCAAAUCUCAAAGCGCGUCAUCUUGGAGAACUUGGACUUGGUUGUUUUGGCAUUGGACGAAACGAUAGAUGAAGGAAUUGUGCUGGAAACGGACCCUUCGGCGAUUGUUGCUCGUGUCUCAAAACCAAGAGAGAACUUGUCAGAUGUGCCACUGUCUGAGCAGACCUUGAUCCAGGCCUACCAGACCGCCAAGGAGAAGUUUGGAACUGCACUCCUCAAGUAG